UAGUUUUGGAAAUUAGAGCACUGGAUCAUUCGGAUCUCAAGUCUUGUUUGGGGAGGGCAUUGGUUUCUUAGUAUCAUAAAAAUAUUAGUAACAAAUAUAAAGUUCGCAAUGGGUGAUCAAGAACGGGGUCGCCGCCGACCUUUAAAUGAGUCCGACUUUAGUACUCAAUCAGUACAACAGCCACGUCCUAAGAUUUUUCGUGGUGAUGAUACCAGAUCUCGUGAUAGAGACAGAUCAGAGGCUUCCUCUUCACGUGGACUUUCUAGAUCCCAUGCAGCAUCGACAUCACGUGCAGCUGCCACAUCUCAUAGCUCGCGUGAUCCAGCCGAAGCUUCGUCAUCUCGGCCUAGUGGCCCUGGUGGACACAAGUCCGAUCGCAGACGAGUUGAUCGCUUUGAAAUUGUUAAUACAAGGCCAGCUGAUGUAGUAACUAAACGAGGCAAAGAAGGCAUGCAAAUUAGAUUGCUAUCAAACUAUUAUCGUUUGCAAACGAAACCGCAAUGGCGCAUUGUACACUACCAUGUGGAUUUUGCUCCAGAGAUCGAGCUAGUGCGUGUGCGCUGUGGCGUGCUAUCGCAGCAUGCAAGAAUCUUAGGUACGGGCUACCUAUUCGAUGGCAAUCAGCUCUUUACGACCAAGAAAUUCGAGCAGGAUGUUACUGUUCUGAAGGCAACUUCAAAGCAGGGCGUCAAUUACACAAUCACUAUAAAGUGCGUGGGUUAUAUAUCGACAGCUGAGCCACGAUUUCUGCAAGUCUUGAAUUUGAUAUUGCGUCGCGCAAUGAAGGGUCUUAAUUUAGAGCAGGUCGGACGUAAUCUCUUUGAUCCCCAUGCUCGAGUUUCUUUGAGUAAUUUCUCGAUUGAACUUUGGCCUGGAUAUGAAACAUCAAUUCGUCAGCACGAGAAGGAUAUUUUGGUUUGUGCCGAGAUUACACAUAAGGUAAUGCGCACAGAAACAGUUUACGAUAUACUACGUCGGACCUCGGCCAAUCCAGCACGGCAUCAGGAAGAAUUUCGCCUUAAUAUACUUGGGUUAAUUGUUCUCACCGACUAUAACAAUAAAACUUAUCGCAUUAAUGAUGUCGACUUUGCACAAACUCCACGUGCCACAUUUAGCUGCAAGGGCAAGGAUGUUAGUUUCAUAGAAUACUAUCUCACGAGAUAUAAUAUUCGCAUAAGGGACCACAAUCAGCCACUGCUUAUAUCUAAAAACAAGGACAACGCUCAAAAUAGCAAAGCCAAUGACAUUGUAAUCCUUAUUCCCGAACUAUGCCGCGUUACGGGACUUACGGAUAGUAUGCGCUCAAACUUUGAACUCAUGCGUGCUAUGUCAAAUCAUACACGUAUGAAUCCGGAAAGACGAAUUGAACGCUUGCAAACGUUUAACAGAAGGCUCCGUAAAACAGCGGAAAGUGUGAAGGUCUUAACUGAUUGGAAUAUGACACUUGAAGAGCAACUUAUAGAAGUCCAGGGGCGUGUAAUUUCACCGCAAAAGAUUGUGUUCAAUAAUGAUCAUCGAUUAUCUGCCGGGGACGUUGCGGAUUGGACACGACACUUUCGUAAUCAACAGAUGUUGACAACGCCAAGAAACGGUUUGGAUCGAUGGGCUGUAAUUGCACCUGAACGUUGCUCAUCCGAUUUGAGGACCCUGCUAUCUAAUCUGAAUCGUGCUGCAGCCGGGAUGGGCUUUCAAAUUAGGAGUCCUAGACAACUUAUGAUUUAUGAUGAUCGCACAAGCAGCUAUAUUCAAGCCCUGGACGAUUGCACGCGCGAAGAUCCAAAACUGGUUUUAUGCCUUGUUCCAAACAACAAUGCUGAAAGGUAUUCGUCUAUUAAGAAGCGAGGUUGUGUGGAUAAGGCUAUACCCACACAAGUGGUAACUACAAGGAGUAAUAAGAAUGGUUUAAGUAUUGCCACUAAAAUUGCAAUACAAAUAAAUUGUAAGCUCGGUUAUACCCCUUGGAUGAUAGAGCUACCCUUGUCGGGCCUAAUGACCAUUGGAUUUGAUAUUGCCAAAUGCUCGCGGGAUCGCAACAAAGCCUAUGGGGCAUUGGUGGCCUCAAUGGACUUACAGCGGAAUUCCACUUUCUUUAGCACAGUCGCUGAGUGCAGUGCCUACGAUGUUUUAGCCAAUAAUUUGUGGCCAAUGAUACUGAAAGCUUUAAGGCAAUAUCAACUGGAGCAUCAGACUUUGCCCACUCGGAUUGUGUUUUAUCGCGAUGGUGUUAGUUCGGGUUCCUUGAAACAAUUGUUCGAGUACGAAGUCAAAGAUGUUGUCGAGAAACUUAAUAUUGAAUACAAAAAGGUGUCCUCAACUGCCCCGAUGCUCGCAUACAUUGUGGUCACUAAAUCGUCAAAUACGCGAUUCUUUCUCGGCAACGAAAGGAAUCCGCCGCCGGGAACUGUCGUUGAUGAUGUGGUCACGUUGCCCGAACGUUACGAUUUUUACCUUGUAUCGCAAACUGUGCGUCAGGGCACAGUUUCGCCCACUAAUUAUAAUGUACUAUAUAGCAAUAUUGGUCUCAGUCCCGAUAAGGUGCAAAGGUUAACGUACAAAAUGUGCCAUUUGUACUACAACUGGUCGGGCACCACUCGAGUGCCGGCUGUUUGCCAAUAUGCUAAGAAACUAGCUACGCUUGUUGGUACUAAUUUGCAUGCCAUUCCACAGAAUGCACUAGAAAAGAAAUUCUACUAUCUUUAACUUCCACUAACUUUAGCUCUCAUGAACUAUUAGAGGUACUUAAGUUAAGGUAUUUAAGUUCUGCUAACGUUUUGUUUAUUUUAUUCUGAUUUAUCAAUAAUUGAUACUAAACUUGUAUGUUUGAAAAUUUUAAUUUAAAAUUAUUUUUUCAAAUAACCUUUAUUCAUCGAAGGCAGCUACUACAUCCCAAUAAGUACAUAUUGAACUAUAUGUUGCAGAAAUUGAGACCCUUAAGAGAAUUCAAAUAUUGAACUAAAUUAAAUUGUUUUUUGACCAGCCAAAAAUUGUUUUUAACGGAACU